GGAGGCAGCAAGAACGUUGCCCGGGCGGGUGCUUGCUUUGGCACCUGGGAUCCUGGCUUCCUGCCCGUUUCCCUCCUGGCGGUCUGGCUCUGUGCCCGGGGCGGAGCGGACUCAGGUGAGCUGAGCCGCGACGGCGCGGCAGGCGUGUCCCCAGCGGCGAGGGCGGCCCAUCCUGCUAACCCCACGCCCGGCGCACCUGCCCGGCCAGUGCCAGCCCGCCAGCUUCCCUCGACGGUCCUCCAGCCAGAGCCAGCCAUGUACGGCAUCCAGCAACAAACCCAGGCGACGACGCUGCCGCCGUUCAUGCGGCCGCCGCAGCCCUGCUACACCCCGCCGGCCCCCUGCUACGUGCCGCCCGCGCCGGCCCCCUGCUACGUGCCGCCACCGCCGGCCCCUUCCCGCCCUUGCUUCGAGCCUUGCGGCCCUCCGACGAUUCCCAGGCCGCUGCCCCCGCAGACGUGCCCGGCCCAGCCGCCGGUGGUGACCGCCAGGCCCUGUUACGAGCCGUGCGGCCCGCCGUCGGUGUCCCGGCCGCUGCCCCAGCAGACGUGCCCGGUCCCUCUCCCAGCCACGCUGCCCCGCGCGCGGCAGAACCGCCCCGCGCCGCUGCCGAUGCCUCUGCAGUGCCCAGACCCGGUGCCCUGCUCCCAGGACGGCUGCCACAGCGGAGGCAGCGUGGUCUACGAACGCGUCCGGACUUACAGCAGCCCCGGCGGGAAACGCGUGCAGCUCCUGGACCCGCCCAACUGCUUGCCUCGUGCGCCCUCCCCCUUGGAGACCACCCCGGGCUGCCAGCACGUCAUCUGGAGCAGCGACCCCCCGCUGCAGGAAGUCCAAUCUCCGUCCUUGAAAUUGUCUCCUUAUUCCCAAGGCAGUGUCCGGAGGGUUAUAUUGGAGAAUCCUGGCCAGGAGCCCCUGUCUCCACUUCUGAGAGAUGGAAAUAAGGUGAUAUACGAAAAGACAAUAAGAAAAUAUGAACUGCUAAAUCCAGAUCAGCAAUACCAAUAUGGCCUCCAGUCUGACCAGUGCCAAGUCAGCCAACCAGUGGAACAUGUCCAAGUGGUCCAGCAGUGCCAGCAAACCCAGACGGGCAAUUGCUAUGACGUAAGUCCCAUCUGUGUCAAUGAUUUCGGAAGUGGGAAUGUGAAGAAGGUCACCCUUCAGACCUGCGAACCGGUGAAAUGUGUUUAUGAAGUAAAUGAUCAGUUGGACUCUCGGUUCUUUGGCGAGCUCCUGGCAGAACUGCACCGCAAGAGCAGCGAACUCUAUAGCUGUUUGCUCCAGCAUAUUGAGAAGCUAGGUGGAAGGAGAUAUGAAAUCGACUCUCUGAAUCAAACGGAAGAUAUUGAGAGUUUGAUUCCUAAAGGGAUUUCUGAAUCAACAAAGCAACAAAUCCGUUAUCUCCUGGAGAUGAGAGUAACAGCUGAUAAGUCAAUGAGGCUUGUCCUUGCUACAUUCAACAACCUUCGAGAAGAGCUUGUUCAUCUUCAGGAUGACUUAGGGAAACUGGAAACUGACAAAGUGCUGCUUGAGAAAGACCUGGCUUUUAAAGAGUCCCAAGUAAAGGAGUAUGAAACCCUUCUGGAGUCGGUGCGAGAGAAUAAUCGCCAACAGCAGCAAGCCCUCAGGGAGUACACUCUGAAGUGCCGCUCGCUGGAAGAGCAGCUCCUCUCUCUCCGGCACAACGACGGAGACCGAGAGUUCCGGCUGAAAGACCUGGAAUACAGCAAGCGAGCCUUGGAGCAAGAAAUCCAGAAUCUGAGACUCCAGGCUUCCUCUAACACUCCAGGCCAGACCACCGUUGACGAACUAUCCAGCCGCUAUGUGGAGAUGAUCAACCAGCUUAGAGAGGAUAAGGACAGGGAGAUCCGCAACCUCAGGUCCAAAUUAUGUGAAUUCCAGCGGGAUUUUUCAAGGAAGCAGGGGAGUGACACUGACCUCCAGAUUAGACUGCAAGACCUGACUUUAAGGCUGGAAGAGAGAGAUGCCACAUUGAAGCAGUUGGAAGAUGAAAUCUUCAGAUUGAAACAAGAAAAACUAGCAAACAAUUCAUCCCAAGGAGUAACAAAGACUAUCAUCACUAAAAAGUACAGGAAUCAGUAUCCUAUCCUUGGCCUCUUGUCUGAUGACUACAAUGUCACAUCACCUGUAAAGGAAUCGCAGACAAUUGUAAUUGAAAAAACUGGAGAAAUGUGGAAGCAGGAGGCCUUUACGGCUGAUUAAAGAACUGCUUCCUUUCUUUCAAGUAUGAACAAGUUCCCUGGACAAGCCACAGCUGAUCAGAGGAGUUCAUGUGCAAAUGAAUGUUGUUACAUUAUUUUUCUGCUUUUCUUCUUCUCCUAUUGAUUUUUCAAGUCUGAAGCGCAAAACAGUCACGGUUAGGGAAAAAAUGUUACAGGCACACUAUAUAAUGGUGUGUGUGGAAUGGGGGUGUCUUGGCUUUGAUUGUUCACAUAUGAGUGGUUUUCAAACAUUCUUCUUCCUUCAGUCUUAAUUAUAUUGGCUCAUCAGCAGAGAUACUCUGGUGUGUGUUGAAAAGGAGUUUGAGGUGUAUGAGUUCAUACAAGGGACUGCCAAGUUUGUCCUCCCCAUUGACCCAUGGGAACAGAGAAUGUCACUUAGAAUGUACCCAGUUCACUGCAAAGGUGAGUAGCAAUGGGUGAAUGGUUUUUCAGGAAAGCUCAUAAGAUGUUAGGAAGCUGCCUUGUACUGAGAGCAUUAGUCCAUCUCAGUAGUGUUUGAAGUGAUUUCAGGUGGGAUGCUUCACAGUCAGUCCUACCUGGAGAGGCCAGGAGUUGAACCAGUUGAUCUUCUGCGUGCAAGGCAGAUACUCUAGCACUGAGCUAUGAACUGAGCUUUUCAUCAAGGGAUGCUUGUGUUCCCUCAAAUGCAAUGUGACAACUACUAUAGCAAAUUGUCUUUUGAAUGAAUUCCCUACCCCCUUCUGCCCUAUCCUAUAAUCUCACUGAAAAACAGACACACACAACUCGUUAUGCUUUGGAUAAAAUAAGUUUCUCCUCUCCCUCCCUCUCUCUCUUUUUUCGAAAAGUUCAGGUGUGCCACUUUUGAAAUUAAUCCAUCAUGCUGGAUAGUUAGCAAUGUCUGUGGGUUGACUUCAUCACUUUGCAGUGCAAGGUCAAUUGACAAAACUGAACGGUCAGGGUUGAGUUGUAUAUAGUAAACUUGCUUGCAUGAUUUUCGUGGUGUCAAAGGGCAGGGGGUGGGGAGCCCGACAUGCUGGGGUGUGUGAAUUGACUAGAAAGGACCAUUUCCCAUGGUAGAUAUCAUGGUCAACUUAAGUUGGGAGGUUAUUAGCAGGUGUCAUUCAGAGAAAAUUACAUGCCUAUGCCCAUUUUUCAAGUGUGACUUGGAAAUGGUGUGAUCACACAGUGACCAUUUUGGGAGCUUUAAAUAGUGCAGAAGUCACACCAUGCUCCCCCUCAAGCUAAUGCUAAUGAAGACCCUCCAACUUGCCUAAUCUGGGAAGGUCACAGCUAUAGGGUAGUAAUGGUGGGUUGUUGUGUUCACUGAUAAAACUUGUUAGCCAUGCACUUAAACCUCAUUGAUUUUUCAAUCAGAUAGAGGGGUGCCUAUCUCCAUUUGGGCAGUGCUCAUUGUAAAUAGAAAACUUGUGGGGCAGCAUAGCAGGAAGGGUGUGUAUGACACUUACCCAGAAUCAACCUAAUGAUGUGUUUGAUGGCAAACACUCAUACUGGUGUGUCUGCCAAAAUAACAUCAUGUUUCCUGAUUCACAUUGGUGUUGCAGCUAGUAUUCAUGUGGCUGUUUAGCUUUUCCAUAAAGCCAAUGAGUGUUAAGCACAAGAAUGUUGUCACCACUGCCAUAAUCACUCUUGCAAGGGAAUGAGGUGGGCUGAUAAAAAGAAUAAUGAAAAUGUGCUUUCGAGGAGUGUGGCUGGUGAUUGUUAUAUCCCAAGGCAGCUAUCUUGGGACUAAGCUUUUAAGCAGUUAUUAUCAAAUUUGUUUUACCAAUUGUGACUGUUAUUAUUAUCUUGAUAGCAUAUAAUUUUCUGUUUUGCAUGUAGAGCUUUUUGUUUUCUUGUUCAGUCCUCUAUACAGUACUGGGAAAAAAAUGAAACAAACCCCGAGUUUUGCCCAGCAAAGUUGUUAACAAAAUAACUCCAGUUUUACUCCCACCUAAAAUAUUGGAACUCUGGACCAGAGUAAACUGUGGUUUACUGUUGUAAAUCAUCUCAAUUUCUGAUCCACAAGUAGCAUAUGCUUUCCCUACCCUUCAAUUUUGCAUUCCCAGGCAGGCUGCAAAAACAGGUAAAUCCACCCGAAGCGAGCUUCUAUUUAUGCUUUGUUGGCUGCCAUUAUACCUUGCAUUGGCCUAUUUAUUGGUAAAAAUGAGGGCAGCACCCAAAAUAGAAAUCAGAGAGAGAGAGAUGGAGAGACACAAUCUGUAGGAGGGGAAAACAAUAAUCAAGGUUUCCAUUUGAAAUGCAUUAGGUAUUUUCUACUUUUUUCCAGAACUUUGAGAUUUGCCUCUCUCUUUUUUAAAAUCUUUAUUUAAAAAAAAUGUUUUCCUAGAUUCUGCAAAUUAAAGAGGCAUACCCAAGGAGCACCAUCAAUUAGGAACCCAAUAAAAUGAACUAAAUUGGACAAGAGCACAUUCCACACUCUUGAACACUCUUGAUCUAGCUUUGAGGGCCUUCUGCCGAUUCCCUGUGAGAAGUAAGGUUACAGGGAACCGGGCUGAGAGCCUUCUAUGGAAUGCCCUUCGAUCAGAUGUCAUGACUUUUAGAAGACAUCUGAAGGCAGCCCUGCUCAGGGAAGUUUUUCAUGUUUGAUGUCGUAUUGUGUUUUAAUUUGUUGGAAGCUGCCCAGAGUGCCUGGGGAAACCCUGUCAGAUGGGCAGCAAAUAAAUAAAUUAUUAAUAGUAUUAUUUUUAUUAUUAGUAUUAUUAUUGGCACACUUCCCAAUCAUUUCAUUAGAACACCAACUGGAGAUGUUUGUAGCUCAACAGCAGAGUGGUGUUGGUUAUGCAGCUACAAAAUAACACUUUACUAGGUUUUUGUAGGGAUUUGUUUUGUGGGUACAUGGGCGCUCCCUUCCCUCUCUUUUCUCACAGCGUGAUGGAUGUUGGUCAUUUUGGGAGCUGACACAUAACUGUCUGUAUCAAUAAGCCCUUAACAGUUUACAGGGGGCAAGCCUACAUAUAUCUUUGUUAAAACAAAAUAAAUAUAUUUGUAAGCUUGAUUUCUUAGCUGUCGCCUGAAGUUUUUAGAUUAUUGAUGUAUGAAGUUGGUAACUCUACGAGAUGAUAAUAUCAAGUAUGAAAUGUUCUUUUUAAAAGUCAAUUAUAUUUUUUAAUUGGGGUGGGCGGAUUCAAGUCCCCUGAUUUUUUUAACAUGUAAUACAUGUGCUUCAGUGCAGCAGUCUCUAGCAGUAAUGGGCUCACUAAUGAACAGAACUUGCCUGCAAAGCGCAUUUUUCUCCAUUUCAUGGGGUUUGCCAUACACAUAUCAUGAAAUACCUUUUUACCUGGAGCUUAGUUCUUCCCACUGAAGUAUAUGGGACAGGCAGCAUCUAUACAUAACAAAACCUCUUGGCUAUGUGGAAUAGCCAGAAGUCGCAACGUUGCCUAAAGGGCUAACAUAAUGGACUUUAAUAUGGGGGAGAGGAAGUCAUGAAUGGUGGGCAAGAUGACCAAACCUUCCGGGCAAUUAUUGCUUUUUAAGAAUGGAGUACAAAAGAGACUAGAGCUAUACUGAAAUUUCCGCCAGGGACACAACAGGUCCCCACAGGUUUUCACAAUGCAAGCUGAUACACUCCUAAGGAAUCUUGGGGAAGCCAUCUCAUCUUAUCUCCAGAACUGACACAUCUAAAGCAACAAAAAGAUGAGGUUGUAAAUCACAGCUCUGAAGCAAUUAAGAAAUUAAAGGACUUCACUACACAUCCCUCACAUUUUAUUUUUACACUGUAUUGAAGCUAGUACAUACAAUUCUCCCAAGUUCAGUAGGUGUUAUGGCAUAGCCCAGAGCUAUGUACUCCCCUUAGAAAUAUGAUUUAGUCCUAUGCUGAUGUGGCUUCUUGGGCAAAAUCACCCCAGUUUACUUCUCAACCUUUCUAAAGUUGUUUCAAUGUGUGCUACUCAGUUCAAAAAUGGUUAGGAGAGUAGGAACAUGGCGUAUUCACUAUUUCUCCCCUUUCACACACAAUUCAUUCUCCCUGAUUGGUCCUAAUUAUGCAUUAUUCUGCAGGUAUACUUUUGGAUUAUUAUUUUUUUGCAAGCUAGGUGAGGAGGGAUUUCUGUCUUUUUUUCCAGGAAAAUACAAACAAAAAAUGAAAUGAAAUGAUAAUUUAAAAAAUGAAACAAAACACCACAACCCAAUGUAUCCUAAAGCAUUUUAUCCACACUUUGCACACUUGUUUUUUCUAAAUAAACUAUCUUGUGUGUACAUA